AUAAGUACUAGUCUCUAGAGUACUAAAGUCGAGACUUAUCAUCAUCAUCUUCGUAUAGGUUCAGAUGUUAGCAGAAAACCCCCGUUCCUUUAAUUUACUCUGUUUCUUUCUUUUCUCCAAGUACUCCAUUAAUUUACAGUUCCUCCUCUGUACUUAAUAUUCUUUCUCUUUGAUCAUCUCUUGUUUGCUUCAACAAGAGAAACCCUUUUCUCAGAAACCAAAUCACAAACCCAUAAAUUUAUUCUUUCUUCUCUCCAAGAACUCCAUAAUUUACUCUGUUUCUUAUAAGAAAAAGGAAGAACCCAAUUUUUUUUUUCAUCUCAACAAUCAAAUCAAACCCUUAGUCUUUCUUUCUACAGUAAUGACAAAAUCCGACAAUCUCUGUCAAUAUCUCUGUUCUUGCUUUAGUCCUUCUCCUACUUCUUCUUCUUCUAACAGGAGAAUGAGCAACAACCACAAAACCCACACUGUUAAGAAACGUAUAAGUACUUCAUUGAGAGAUGAUAUACCAGAUGAUCAUCACCAUCAAGAAAAAACGAAGAAUCAAGAAGAUAUUGAAGAAGGAGAAGAAGAAGAAGAAACAAGAACAUCAUCAGCAGAUGAAAGCGUAAACAACUAUCAUCAUCAUCAGGUGAAUAAUCCACCAAGAUCAUCAAAAUCAAUGGUAAUAGGUACAUUCUUUGGUCAUAGAAGAGGUCAUGUUUGUUUCUGUAUUCAAUAUGAUCGUUUAAAUUCAAAACCAUCGUUACUUCUUCAAUUCUCAUUACCUACUUAUCUUCUUAUUAAAGAAAUGAAAUGUGGACUCGUUCGAAUCGCUCUUGAAUCGUGUAAUAAUCAUCGUAAUACUAGCGAUAAUAAUAAUAACAACAGCAGCAAAGAUGAUGUUCGAAGGAAUUCGACUAGUAAUGUACUGCCAUUACUAUCGAUACCAAUAUGGACAAUGUGUAUAAAUGGACGUAAAGUUGGAUUUGCAUCAAGAAGAAGAACAACUGAUAAAGACCGUUUGAUUCUGAAAACUAUGAAAUCAAUGACUGUGGGUGCUGGUGUUAUUCCAUCUGGAUCGUUAGUUUCAUCAACAAUAACAACUAAAUGCGAUCAUCAUCAGAAUCAAGAAGGUGGAGGUGGUGGCGAGGAUGGUGAUGUUAUUUACAUGAGGGCUAAUUAUGAACGAGUUAUUGGAAAUAUUGACUCGGAAUCGUUUCAUCUUAUUAACCCAGUCGGUUUCAGUGGUCAAGAACUCAGUAUAUUCUUGUUAAGGUCAAGAUGAUGAGAUUGGAGGGGCAUUUUUGGUCAGACAAGUUUUGAUGCUCACAUUCUUUCCUAUGGCUAUGAAUUAUGGUUCAAAGGUAUUUUUGGGGAGUUGAUAUUCUUUCUUCAGUUCUGAUCAUGUUGGCUGGCAUGCAUGAUGAUCUCUGGUGUUGGGUGGACACUGAUUCUGGAUGGAGGAAAAUAUAUAAGUUAAAUUAAAAUCAUUAGACUUCUUUUACCUCCUGGUGUUUUUGGGGUUCAGCUGUUUUUGUUUUGUUUGCUUCUGUGAGGUUGCAAGUGUUCUAGCAUUUUUGAGGUUUAGUGGACAAGAUUGUAGUGUUCAUAGACUGGAGGAAUAAAUGGAUUUAGCCUUUGUUU